UGGGGCGGGGAGGGGGCGGAGCUCGCGCCGCGAGGUUCCGGCCUUGGGGGCGGGGCCCCGGCCGCCCCGGCGCGUUCCGCGGUGCCGUUCCACUCUUCCGGCCUCGCGUUCCAUCCGGCGCCUCCACCUUCCGCCCGGCGCCGGCAGUCGGCGCGAGGGUCGCUGGGUUCCACCGUCGCGCGGCCCUCGCGGCGCCCGAACCCGCAAUGUCGGGCCCCAACGGGGACCUGGGCAUGUCGGUGGAGGCGGGCGCGGAAGGCGAGGACGACGGCUUCGGGGAAGCAGAAUAUGCUGCCAUCAAUUCCAUGUUGGACCAGAUCAACUCCUGUCUAGACCACCUAGAGGAGAAGAACGACCACCUCCAUGCCCGCCUCCAGGAGCUGCUUGAGUCCAACCGGCAGACACGCCUUGAGUUCCAGCAGCAGCUCGGGGAGGCCCCUAGUGAUGCCAGUUCCUAGGUUCUGGGAGCCCCCAGCAGGCCCCAACCCUGCCUCCCUGGGCGAGAUUCUGGCCUGGGAACUCACCACCUGGCUUAGAUACCUUCUCAAGAGCUGGCCUACUGGUGGGUCUGCCUGCCUCAGUCACCCUUCCGGUAUACCCCUUGGCAUGCCUGGGCCAGACCCCACCACCCAACAUCCCCUUCUGGGGUCAAACGUGGGCCCACAACCCACCCGCCUUGCCUGCCUGCCAAGUUCCGGGGCACUUCCCACUCUACCCAGGCCUUGAGCGUCCACAUUAAAUGGGUCUCCGACACCA